CACUGCCCACCAUCUAUUACUGGGCUGGCUGCUGCAGCUGCUGGGGCACAAUAACCUUCUAGCACUGUGCAGUGUGCUCUGUCUGUAUACACAGCAACACGGCACAAUGCUCAGCAUGACACAGACUAGGGAAUAGCAGCCGUCAGGCCCUGAUUUCUGCAGUUUCCCCAUUGGCACAACACUAAAGACUUUGGGGUCUGUUUACUAAUCCUUGGAUGGAGGUAAAUUGGCUGAAGGCACAAUGGAUCACUACAAAGUGCUGAACGUUAUUGGCGAGGGGUCGUUUGGUAAAGCACUGUUAGUGUGUCACCAAAAUACGGGUGAGAAAUAUGUAAUGAAGGAAAUAAGACUUCCACAGUCUUCAAGUGCGAUUCAAGACUCCAGACAAGAAGUGAUUCUCCUGGCUAAGAUGAAGCAUCCAAAUAUCGUUAAAUUCAUAGAGUCAUUUGAAGUGGAUGACCAUUUGUACAUAGUGAUGGAAUACUGCGAUGGAGGUGACCUGCUGGAAACCAUUAAGCUUCAGAGAGGAAAACUGUUUCCGGAACAGACAAUUCUCCAGUGGUUUGUACAGAUGUGUCUGGCAGUACAGCAUAUUCAUGACAAGCGUGUGUUGCACAGAGACAUUAAGGCUAAGAAUGUUUUUAUUACUCAAAGACAUAUAAUAAAGUUGGGAGACUUUGGAUCCGCACGUAUUCUCACCAGUCCAUUGGCUUAUGCCUGCUCAUAUGUUGGAACACCUUACUAUGUUCCCCCUGAGAUCUGGGAGAACUUGCCAUACAAUAACAAAUGCGAUAUCUGGUCAUUGGGAUGUGUGUUAUAUGAACUAUGCACCUUAAAACACCCAUUCCAGGCAGGCAGCUGGAAAAAUCUAAUCCUGAAGAUCUGCCGAGGGUCAUACAGUCCGCUGCCCUCUCAAUAUUCCUACGAGCUGCGGAGUCUCAUUAAACAGAUGUUCCGCAAAGACCCCCAUCAGCGGCCUUCAACCAACACUAUUCUCAACAAAAGAUCGCUUCUCAAAGUGGUGAAAUCAUGUGUGUCCGCACAGCGUAACAAUGACCCAUCUGACAACCUCCUAAAGGAUGAAUCAGCAGCCGUCAUCCAGCCAAUGAAUACACAGCAGAAAGCUUCUUCUGAUGUGCAUCAGUCCAGCGCUACAGUACCCGGAAGGCGGCAGUGGGAGAGAGAACCUACAGGCACAGUUUUAAAUGUUUUCGAAAAUGCCUCAAUCCUCGCAUCAAGUAUAGGAGCAGGCAGAAGCGACGGCGGCCACGUUACAAAGUACGACCUGAAGGACCAAAGGAGGAAAUGGAAUAAAGAGGCACCAGAUGCGCUACUUAGCAUCCUAAAUAACGCAGAUCUCAGCUCAGCAUUUAAAACUUACACCAUCUAUAGAUCGAAAGCUCCGGACGAUUGUCUCAGAGGGCCACUAUUUAUUCAUAUCCAAGCCCCAGAUGCUACAGACAGCAGAGAGGUGGAACCUGACCUAGAUCCCGAGCGAUUUGAGCCCAGAUCUGAUGAUGAAGACACGGACUUUGAAGAAGAUGAUAUGGAUCCAGACUGGGUGUCUGAGCUGAAAAAGGUGACAGACGCUCUGUUAUGAAGAAGACAACUUUGAGAUUUGCUCUAUAGCCUUCUCACAUGAUGUACACUAUGAGCCAGCGUGAGGGAGUUUUAUAAGAAAAUAUAUUAUUUAUGGGGAGACAUAAUUGUGUAUUUUUUCAUUUUUUUUUUUUUUUCCAUUAUAUUUAAAAUGUUAUAAAGAACACUAAGGUGAAAUGGACAUUUAUUACAUGUGACCUUGUCUCUGAAGAACACAAUUUCUCUUCUUGCUACAAAGGAAAGAAGUUACAUAUAUACACAUUUAUACUUCUACAGAAAUUGUGACUUUUUGUCAGUCACAAAAAAACAUUUUUUACGCUUUUUUUCACAUAACUGUCAGUUGUAUUUGAUCUUACAUUGGUUUUGUGGCAACUAUUUUGUAUAAAUAAAUAAUAAUAAAAAGCGUGCAAAACA